CCCCCCUCCAGGCAACAACAAACUUUAAGAAGAGGAAGGAGAAAAGAGAAGAGGACGAAGAGGAGUGGAGAAGCCUUGAGUCCUACCCUGUAGAAGAUCUCAGAAGCUUUGCAUCCCUAGAGAAACAUCCAGCAAGGUUCACACAUAAUUCGAAAGAUGGUGAAUGAAUACAAGGGAAUUGUUCUGCUGACAGGAUUAAUGGGUAUUAACGACCAUGAUUUUAGAAUGGUUAAGUCCUUGUUGAGCAAAGAACUAAAACUAAAUAAAAUGCAAGAUGAGUACGACAGAGUUAAGAUUGCUGACUUGAUGGAAGACAAGUUCCCAAAAGAUGCUGGAGUGGACCAACUGAUAAAACUAUAUAAGCAGAUUCCAGGACUUGGAGAUAUUGCUACUAAACUCAAAAAUGAGAAGGCAAAAGCUAAAAGGAAACAGACAGGGAAAAGGAAAACGGCAGCAAAAAGACAAAAGCGAGAAGAACCCAGUACUUCCCAACCUAUGUCCACCACAAAUGAAGAGGCGGAGCCAGGAUCAGGGAGGAGUACACCUGACACACAGGUUGCUCAGUUAUCUUUACCAGCUGCUUCCAGAAGGAACCAAACCAUUCAAAUAUCUCCAACAAUAGCAUCCAGCAGUGGUCAGACCAGCAGCAGAUCUCCAGAAACAUUGCAAAGCAUCAUUCAGCCCCCUGAGACUCCAACAAGAUCAUCCAGUAGCAUUCUGACCCCUCAAGUGUUUCCAGGAACAGCAUCUAGCAGUGUUCAGGCACUUGGAAUUCCUCUAGCAACACCAGCCAAGAGACCAAGACUGAAAAAUGUACCCAGAGAACCUUCUGAGGAAAAUGGUCACCAGCAAGGUUCCAAAAGAGUGAUGGUGUUAAAAGCAACAGAGCCAUUUGCAUAUGACAUGAGAGGAGAGAAGAAGAUGUUCCAUGCCACCGUGGCUACGGAGACAGAAUUUUUUAGAGUGAAGGUGUUUGACAUUGUCCUGAAGGAUAAGUUCAUCCCAUAUAAGGUCCUUACCAUCUCAGACUAUGUUGGUUGCAAUGGGUUCAUAAAUAUACAGAGGGCAUCUAGUGUGUCAGAGGUAAAUGAUGGCAAACCAAUGAAUAUCCCAACUUCACUGAAACAACGUGCCAAUCAAACACCUAAAAUCAACUAUCUUUGCUCAAAGAGAAGAGGAAUAUUUGUGAAUGGAGUGUUUAUUGUAUGGAAGAAAGAAGAAAAGAGGGAUUGCAUUUGCUACGAGAUAGGAGAUGAUACAGGGAUGAUGGAAGUGGAGGUCUACGGACGACUGACCAACGUUGUUUGUAAUCCCGGAGAUAAACUCAGACUUAUAUGCUUUGAACUGAUCUCAAAUGAAGAAAAAGUACAGCUGAGAUCUACAAGACACAGUAACAUGCAGGUCAUCAAGGCUAGGAACUGAGAAACAACCACCCAGCCCUGCUUCCUUUAUGAAACUGCAUGAAUUCUUGUUUGGGGGACUUGGACGGCACUGAUGUUUAUACAGAUAAGAUCCUGUUCCAACUACAGAAAAAUGUCAUUCAACUGAUCAAAUCCAGCUCUUCGCUUUAGGAAAUGGUGCUUAUUCUUUCUACAGUUUUAGCAUUUUAUUACGUAUUUUGAUUCUAUAGUGUUCAUACUUUGAAAGAAAAAACUUCAGGUACUUCACAAGUUUCUUGCAUUUGUCAGUUGCUUUAAAACUGGGUCUGCAGACCAAGGUGGAAUACAUAAGUUUC